CUAUCUGAAAAUGAUAGCCGCUCAAGAACUCUCCGAAUUUCUUCAAAUGGAGAUUCGCCUCAAAUUCGAGGAAGAAGUUCUUGAAUUCUACAGAAAUGGAGAGGUCAAAACUGCUCAUUCAAAGAAGAACCCACAGAUGACGUUUCCAGUCAUCAAGUCCACUGUUGGAGGUACAAAAGUGAAGCUUUCGCAAAAGAAAUUGGGAGAAAAGCUUCGCCUUCCCAAUUCUGGAGUUGAAGUUGGGAAAUUUCCAGUCAAAAAUCUAGACUGGAACAUCAUUGGAAUCUCUGGGCAAGUUCCUUCUGGCCCAGCGAAGAAAGCAGAUCUAAACAACAAUUACAAGUUGGUUUUGGAACUGGUCAUCGCUUGCCUCGAGUGUGGAAGUGGAGGUCAUGCCGAUGACAUCACCCAGGAGAGAGCCUUCAUCAUCAACUCUCUCAUUACCAAAACUAAG